UGGCUCCCCCAUACUUCCACCGACAGGAUUGGCUCUGUUGUGCUGCCCAGAGGAGGUGCAGGGCCUGCUCUCCUGGGUGUUGCAGCUGGUGGGGACAGGGGCAGCUCUCUACUCUUAUGGCCUCCGGGUCAGUUCACCCACUGGCCUCAGGCAUUGAUGGGCAGGGAGAGUUUUAUUUUUUUAAAGAUUUAUUUUGUGUGCUGAAAUGUGUGUGUGUGUGUGUGUGUUGCUAUUAAAGAUGGGCAAUCCUUGGAAAAUAGAGUGCUCUGCCUCUUUGGUAUGUCUGACCUGAGGUUUCUCCUCACACAGCAUUCUGUUGUAUGUGCUCUUCCUUUCACCUUGUGUAAUUUAGCGGCUGUGGGAACACACGUGCUCAACAUUGUGAGCCUGAGAGAGUAUGGGAUAGAGAUAUGGGGUGUGUGUUCCUGUGAGGGAGGAAGUAGUCAUUUUCAAAUAAGAAGUAGUAUCUUUCUGUGGUUGAAGAGAUAGUAACUGAAAGAUGAAAGUAACUGGAAAUUGUUUUAAAGUUUAGAUCCUGGUUCUGGUCUCUUUGAACUCUAGUGCUUAAAGCUAAAACCCUUUGAUUCAUUUGAUAUUUUCAUGGAAAUUUGUUAGAAUCGAUCCCAUUCUUUAGAAGAUAUUUAAGGAGAGUCCUGAACAUAGCCUCACCCAUCCUGAACUCACCGUGGCGGUGGAGAUGCUCUCUUCCGUGGCCCUCAUCAACAGGGCUCUGGAGUCAGGAGACAUGAACACCGUGUGGAAGCAGCUGAGCAGUGCAGUCACAGGCCUUACCAAUAUCGAGGAAGAAAACAGUCAAAGGUAUCUCGAUGAGUUGAUGAAGCUGAAAGCUCAGGCACAUGCAGAGAAUAAUGAAUUUAUUACAUGAAAUGACAUCCAGGCUUGUGUGGACCAUGUGAACCUGGUGGUCCAUGAGGAACAUGAGCGGAUUUUGGCCAUCGGUUUAAUUAAUGAAGCCUUGGAUGAAGGGGACGCUCAGAAGACUCUGCAGGCCUUGCAGAUUCCUGCGGCUAAACUCGAGGGGGUCCUUGCGGAAGUGGCGCAGCAUUAUCAAGACACACUGAUCCGAGCAAAGCGAGAAAAGGCCCAGGAAACCCAGGAUGAGUCAGCUGUGUUAUGGUUGGAUGAAAUUCAAGGUGGAAUCUGGCAGUCCAACGAAGACACCCAAGAAGCUCAGAGGUUUGCCUUAGGAAUCUUUGCCAUCAAUGAAGCUGUAGAUAGCGGUGAUGUUGGCAGAACUCUGAGUGCCCUUAGUUCCCCGGAUGUUGGCUUAUAUGGAGUCAUCCCCGAAUGUGGGGAAACAUACCAGAGUGACCUUGCUGAAGCCAAGAAGAAGAGACUAGCAGCAGGGGACAACAACAGCAGAUGGGUGAAGCACUGGGUGAAAGGCGGGUACUACUACUACCACAACCUGGAGAUGUAAGGCGGAGGAUGGGACGAACCCCCAGACUUCAUGCAGAAUUCUGUGCAGCUCUCUCGAGAGGAGAUCCAGAGCUCCAUCUCCGGAGUGACCGCUGCAUAUAACCGGGAGCAGCUUUGGCUGGCCAACCAAGGCCUGGUCACCAAGCUGCAGGCCCGCUGCCCUGGCUACCUAGUGCGACAGGAGUUCCGAUCCCGGAUGAACUUCCUGAAGACACAGAUCCCCGCCAUCACCUGCAUUCAGUCACAGUGGAGAGGAUACAAGCAGAAGAAGGCAUAUCAAGACCGGCUGGCUUACCUGCACUCCCGCAAAGAUGAGGUUGUGAAGAUUCAGUCCCUUGCCAGGAUGCAUCAAGCUGGAAAGCGCUAUCGAGACCGCCUGCAGUAUUUCCGAGAUCACAUAAACGACAUUAUCAAAAUCCAGGCUUUCAUUUGGGCAAACAAAGCUCGUGAUGACUACAAGACUCUCAUCAAUGCGGAGGAUCCGCCUAUGAUUGUGGUCCGAAAGUUUGUCCACCUCCUGGACCAAAGUGACCAGGACUUUCAGGAGGAGCUUGACCUUAUGAAGAUGCGGGAGGAGGUCAUCACCCUCAUCCGUUCCAACCAGCAGCUGGAGAAUGACCUCAAUCUCAUGGACAUCAAAAUCGGACUGCUGGUGAAGAACAAGAUCACGCUGCAGGAUGUGGUUUCCCACAGUAAAAAGCUUACCAAGAAGAACAAGGAGCAGCUGUCUGAUAUGGUGAUGAUUAACAAGCAGAGGGGAGGCCUCAAGGCCCUGAGCAAGGAGAAGAGGGAGAAGCUGGAAGCCUACCAUCACCUGUUCUACUUACUGCAGACCAACCCCACCUAUCUGGCCAAGCUGAUCUUUCAGAUGCCACAGAACAAGUCCACCAAGUUCAUGGACUCUGUCAUCUUCACACUGUACAACUAUGCAUCCAACCAGCGAGAACAGUACUUGCUGCUGAGACUCUUCAAGACAGCACUCCAGGAGGAGAUCAAGUCAAAGGUGGAUCAGAUUCAAGAAAUCGUGACAGGAAACCCUACGGUUAUUAAGAUGGUUGUGAGUUUCAACCCUGGUGCCCGGGGCCAGAAUGCCCUCCGACAGAUCUUGGCCCCUGUUGUGAAGGAGAUUAUGGAUGACAAAUUGCUCAACAUCAAGACCGACCCUGUGGAUAUUUACAAGUCUUGGGUUAAUCAGAUGGAGUCUCAGAUGGGAGAGGCAAGCAAACUGCCCUAUGAUGUGACCCCUGAACAAGCCUUGUCUCAUGAAGAAGUGAAGACAAGGCUAGACAACUCCAUCAGGAACAUGAGGGCCGUGACAGACAAAUUCCUCUCAGCCAUCAUCAGCUCUGUGGACAAAAUCCCUUAUGGGAUUCGCUUCAUUGCCAAAGUGCCGAAGGAUUCGCUGCAUGAGAAGUUCCCUGACGCUGGUGAGGACGAGCUGCUGAAGAUUAUUGGUAACUUGCUUUACUACCCGGCUAUCAUUGCUCCCGAUGCCUUCGACAUCAUUGACCUGUCAGCAGGGGGCCAGCUCACCACAGACCAGCGCAGAAAUCUGGGCUCCAUUGCAAAGAUGCUCCAGCACGUGGCUUCCAAUAAGAUGUUUCUGGGCGAUAAUGCCCACUUAAGCAUCAUUAAUGAGUAUCUUUCUCAGUCCUACCAGAAAUUCAGAUGGUUUUUCCAAAAUGCUUGCGACGUCCCAGAGCUGCAGGAUAAAUUUAAUGUGGAUGAGUAUUCUGAUCUAGUCACCCUCACCAAGCCGGUAAUCUACAUUUCCAUUGGCAAAAUCAUCAACACCCACACUUUCCUGCUGGACCAUCAGGAUGCCAUUGCUCCGGAGCACAAUGACCCCAUCCACGAACUACUGGACGACCUUGGCGAGGUGCCCACCAUUGAGUCCCUGAUAGGGGAAAGUUGCAGCAAUUUAAAUGACCCCAACAAGGAGGCACUGGCUAAGACAGAGGUGUCCCUCACAUUGACCAACAAGUUUGAUGUGCCCGGUGACGAGAAUGCAGAGAUGGACGCUCGGACCAUCCUGCUGAACACAAAACGUCUAAUUGUGGAUGUCAUCCGGUUCCAGCCAGGAGACACCUUGACUGAAAUCCUAGAGACACCAGCCACCAGUGAACAGGAGGCUGAACAUCAGAGAGCCAUGCAGAGACGUGCUAUCCGGGAUGCCAAAACCCCUGACAAAAUGAAAAAGUCAAAACCCAUGAAGGAGGAUAGCAACCUCAGCCUUCAGGAGAAGAAGGAGAAAAUUCAGACUGGCCUCCAGAAGCUAACAGAGCUUGGGACUGUGGACCCAAAGAACAAAUACCAGGAACUCAUCAACGACAUUGCCAAGGACAUCCGGAAUCAGCGGAGAUACAGACAGAGGAGGAAAGCCGAGCUGGUGAAACUGCAGCAGACGUACGCAGCUCUGAACUCGAAGGCCACUUUUUAUGGAGAGCAGGUGGAUUACUACAAGAGCUAUAUCAAAACCUGCUUGGAUAACUUGGCCAGCAAGGGCAAGGUCUCCAAAAAGCCUAGGGAAAUCAAAGGCAAGAAAAGCAAAAAGAUUUCUCUGAAAUACACAGCAGCAAGACUACAUGAAAAGGGAGUUCUUCUGGAAAUUGAGGACCUCCAAGUAAAUCAGUUUAAAAAUGUUAUCUUUGAAAUCGGUCCAACAGAAGAAGUUGGAGACUUUGAAGUGAAAGCCAAGUUCAUGGGAGUUCAAAUGGAGACUUUCAUGUUGCAUUAUCAGGACUUGCUGCAGCUACAAUACGAAGGGGUUGCGGUCAUGAAGUUGCUCGAUAGAGCUAAAGUCAACGUCAACCUCCUCAUCUUCCUUCUCAACAAGAAGUUCUAUGGGAAGUAACUGGUCGCUAGCUGCCAGCCCCUAAGAAUUCAAAAGGACAGUGCCUCACCUCUGCCUUUCUAGGAUCCUCCAUUACUCCUUGGAAGCAAAGACCUUGUCCAGUGGUGCUGCAGUCUCGCACUCCUGAAGCACAUCUUUAAGUCCGACAGGACAUUCAGUGCCCUCUUAACAGUGAAGUUGUAGUUCAGGCUUCAUCUUACACACACACACACACACACACACACACACACACACACACACACACACACACCCCACCCCCACUUCUCUCUUUUUCUUUCAUCUUGUAGGAAAGAGUGGAGCCUCACCCAGCCCCUCUCUGUUAGGUCUCCUAAGUGGUAAUGGCUACUUUGUAAACGGUGUUUGUUUUACUCAGCAAUGGGAUGGUGGGAUUCAAAUUCUUGUUUAGAAGUGACAGCUGUCAGGUGAACAGCGGACAUGCGCAUCAGAGUCACGGUUAAGGGUGGCCCAUGAUAGCCCAUGCGCAAUCAGAGGACGAAGUCUGUGGUGUCUUCCUUUCCACUGCCUUUGUGGGCGGAGCUAAGUCCAAGUUACUGCUCUCUGUUCAAAGGAAGCAGCUUCGGGAGAGAGAGCAGCUGCUUUUGAUUCCCCACUAAACCUGGGCAGCCCUCUUGGUGUGGUCCUUCCUGGUGAAGGAGAACCCCACGAUCAUAGCCACCCCUUUAGAGACGCUUCGAGUGGGCCACAGCACCCACUCAGAGCAGUGCACAGAGUUCCACUCAAGGACAGUGUCUGCUCCCUCGCUCUCUCCCACAAAGGGGUGGCUCACCCUGUCCCAAAAUGUUUUCAAAACUAUUUGUGUUCCAAGAGUGCCUUACUAAAGUAUAAAUUUAUUUCUUGAAAUGUGAGUCAUAGGAAUUUUAAAGAUUUGUAUAAUGCUUUAGAAUACCCUGAAAAGGGGUCAUUUCUUAUUGGGUUAUCUGUAUAUCUGAAUUCUUGAAGCUUCUUUAUAACCUACAUUAGGGUUUAUCUACAGAGUCGGCAAGAUCUUAGCAACAGCAGCCAGCCCAUCUCAUCUUUGAAGUUCAAAUCCGUUUCCCACUCUCUGCUCUGCCGCCAUAUUCAUGCUUGUAUUCUGAGAAGCCUGGACCCUUAGGCUUCAACUAACAAAAACCAAUCAGUUCCAGGCAUUGAAUUUGGAAACCUUUGUUCUUGGAUUAAAAGUCAUAAACUUUAAAAAA